CAAACCAAGCAGGAGCUGGGCGAACUUCUUCCCGACUCGAGACCAGAAAAGAGCAGAUAGGAGUAGGAGGCGCAAGAAGAAGGAGCAUAAAGUGUCAAAAAACAUGGAAGCGAACCCGAAGUAGAGUCAAAAUUGUGUGUGCUCGGUUGUGGUGCAAGUGAAAAAAUCGAUUUUUGACCCGUAAAACCGUGCCCAAAGUGAGCACCGUCGGCCGGAACAUGAUGGAGCGUUUCGCGAUCAACAUCUUGCACAAGCGGAUCUACAAAAUAUGCCGUCUGUGCGGGGUGGAUCAGCCGCACAAGAUUCCAAUUAUCGACGGGGCUGAGACCAUCAUCGUCGGCGACGAGGACGAAGAAGCGUCGCUAGCGAAAAAAAUCGAAGAAUGCGUCGGCAUACAGGUUCACAAAGACGACAAAAUGCCGCAAAACAUCUGCGCCCUUUGUGUGGACAAGAUCAAUGAUUUCUACGAGUAUCGAUUGAUGUGCGCGGCCACCAAUCUGCAAACCAGAUCCAUCUUGAACUUGAAUUUGGUGGAGCCGUCCCGGAAGUUGUUAAACUUCGGAGAGGUCAAGGAGGAUGUCAAGAAGGAGGACGUAAAAAAGGUAGUGGAAGUGGCUACCAGCAGCAGUACCACCACUAUAAUUCCCCCUGCAGGCAAGAAGGGAAAGAAGAAACGUGGACCACCGUCUCCUUCGCCAUCACCGUGUCCGACGACUCGUAUUAAAGCGCCGGUGGACGUGAAAGAUGAACCAGUCCCGGCUGUUCCUGUGAAAGCUCUCACCAAGAAGGAACGUUUGAAACAGUUGCAACUGCAGAAGGAAAAGGACGAGAAAAAGAAGAAGGAAGAGGAGAAAAAGAAAAAAGAGGAUGAGAAAAAGGAUAAAAAAGAUGAAAAGCUUAAGAAGGAGAAGGUUGAACCCAAAGCGCCAGAACCCAAUGAGCAAAAACACACGAGAUCUAAGAGAAAAGAACCUUCGCCACCGAAGGAAGCGGCAGAGAAAGUUGAACAAGCAGUUCCGCCCCCGAAAAAGAUUAAAUUCGAACAUCCCUGCUCGUAUUGUUCGGACGAGUUCAAGACGCAAGAUGAGCUAGACGGCCAUUUGAAGUCGAAACAUACGCCGUUGAUUCGUAAGUUCGGAUGUAGCUCCUGCCGAGAAACGUUCGACACCAUCUUGGAAUCCAAGGAUCACAACCUUUGGCAUCAGCUGACCCGUACUCCUUACACAUGCCACAAGUGUAAGCGAAAGCACGACAAGAACUUGGCUCUAGUCAAGCACAUGGGAUUAAAUUCGUGUGGCCGCUUUGCCCGGGGAAGGCCUCCAUCCUUGCUACCGGAUGUCCAAUGUCGAUUGUGCAACAAAAAGUUCAAAACGCAAAAUCUGUACGAAUGGCACGGAUGUUUUAUCAAACCGAAAUCAAACUGCCCCAAGUGUGGCAAGUAUUUCGUCAAAAAGCAGAUUCUCACGCGUCACUACAUGAUGUUCUGUACGGGAACGCUUCCGCCGCCAGAGCCGGUCAUUAUCCCCAAGGCGGAACCCGUUGAUCCUGCGGAGGCACCCGCACCAGUCCCCACAGUGACCGAGCGUAGAAAACGUCGCGUGGCAUUCGCCGAACCAGAACUGCCCAAGGAGGAGCGGGAAAUUCCAUUCCCUCCACCACUGGAACCGGAAGCUCCUUCGGCUGCCGCCCCUACUCCUACCCCAGCGGCGCCAACCGGAGGCAAGAAGAAGAGCAAGAAGGACACCACUCCGACCGUCACCAUCAAACCGGUUCCGCCGGCUCAAACCGAAAAGAUCACAUCACUUUUAACCACCGGGGCCAAGUUGGACCGCGAUAGCGACAUCGCCACCAUCAACAAUCUGCUGAGCUCGGUAACGGAAGCCAUUGCCAGUAUUUCAGAAGCCAAGGCCAAGAAGAAGAAGAAAAAGAAGGACAAGAACAAGGACAAGGCUGAAACGGAAGCAGAUCCGCCCGUUCCAGAGCCGGCUCCAGCAGUCGCGCCCGCACCAGAGCCCACCCCUGCACCGAAAGAGGUUCCACCGGAAACACCAAAAGAACCGUCUCCUCCGGAAGAAGAAAAGACUGAGGAAGAGUUGGAAGCAUAUGCGUUGGCCCAGGAAGUAGGUGAAAUGACCUUGGAACAGCAGCUGGCGUUUUGCUCUGGAAAGUUGCCACUGGUGGUGUUGCCCAAGACUACCUUCAAACAGGAGUACACCGAAAUCGAAACGGAACCCUCCCAGAUGCAGGAACCGAUGGAUGACGAACAGACGGUUGAAAACGGAGAAAACGAUGACGAUGGGUACGAUGACAACGCCGGAAACGACUAUUCCGGUUUCCAGGAUGACGACGACGACGGCGAUGAUCAGGAACAACAGGAAGCUCCAAGACCCGACGAAGAAGCUCAGCAAUCUGAAGAACUCCAAUUCCCGAUGCCAAUCAAGCAGGAAGUGGAACCAGAAGAGCCAUCUAUCGCACCGGAAACUCCACAACAAGAAGAAGCCCAAUCACCUCCAGCGGAAGAACCGGAUGCACCUCACUUGGAAGAGCCAAGUGCGCUUGUUGAAGCUCCUAAAUCACCUGAGCGACAGGAAUCUCUGUUUGACGAGCGGCUUGCAAUCAACAUCAAAAAGGAACCUGGUCUGGAAGAAGACCUACAGCAACCGGCAGCCAAACGGAAACGACCUGAGUCUCGUGGAACUGCUGUUUCCUCUCCGGCUUCUUCGCUGAGUUCGUCGCAAAGCGCCCCGCAUGCGUCUCCGAAACUCAUUCUCAAAAUCAACAAGGGCAUGCUGAAUUCCCCCAGCGAAACGGCCAAACAAGUCCGAACCAUUGUUCUGGAUGAUGAUGACGAUGAGGAGGAGGAACACCAACAUGUCCCAGAGCCAGACGUGUCAAAGAAGACGAAGGUUUACAAGAAGCCCGACUUCCUGGCAGCCAAGAUCAAAAAGGAGAAAGUCGAUCCCGCUUACGAACGCCAUGAGCCAGCGACGGUCGUGGCUCAAACGGAACUUCCUGGUGGUAUUCGAAUAAAGCAGGAACGGCUAGACCCCGACGAGGAACCUCCGCAGGAAGAUUAUGAACCAGUUCCUCCUCCGCAGAAAAAGUCCCGUCUAUCUCAGAAGGAAAAACCUGCUUCUCCUGUGGUCGUUGCAUUUGAUGGAGUUCGAAUCAAACAGGAAAAACCGGACAAACAGAACCUUGACAAGCCAACCUCGGUUCCUGCAGUGGAAGAUCCUAAGCCGCCACAGGAAAAGAAGAAGAAAUCCAAGGGCAAAAUCAAUCCAUUCGCGUUGCUUCGGCAGAAAAUGGCAGCGGAAGCUGCAGCAAAAUCGGCCGCCCAGUCUGCUCCUCCACCACCGCAGGCACCAUCCCCACUGCCAGUUAUUACCAAUGUAGUCGGAAAUGCGCCAGCAGCAUCGACCUCGUCGACCAGCGGCUCUUCCGGCGAAAACACUCCCAUGGCCGAAUCCGAUACUGAGAGCGAACGACGAGUACCGGUUAUUUCGCAGGUGGCCUCUAUAGCCGCUGCCGCCGCAUCCCAUAAGGUAAGUGCACCAGAGUUCCCCAUAGCAAUCAAGCAAGAACCGGUGGAUGAGCCGGAGGAGGAAGAGGAACAGCACGAGCAGCAGGAGCAGCAUGCGGAAGCCGAGAAUGAGGAAGAAGAGUCCGCUGAGGAUGACUUCCCAAUGCCGAUUAAACAGGAGGCCCCCGAAGAAACGCCCACCGAGGAGGACGAGAGCCCCGAGGAAGCGGAAGAACCGGAAGAAUCUCAACAAGAGGAGUCUGAGGCUGCCUCGAAAUCGCAAGCGGAUGAACCAGUUGCCAGGAUUGACGUUCAGCGGAACGAACCAGAAUCUACAUCUGCCGCCUCUGAUAGCGAGCAAGUGGGCAAAGACGAAAAGGAUGGCAAGGAAGAAACGACCGAAGAACAGGAGAAGGAGGAUGAGCAAGAUGAUGACGAAGAGGAAAGUGGCCAGGAAAGCGCGAUCAAUGAGAAUGAAUGUCCAUCGGCGGUCGUUGAAGAACAGAACAAAAACGAUCAGAAUGAUGACGAAGAAGAAGAUGGUGAUGAGACGGAGGAAGACAUUAAGAAACCAGAACCACCAGUGGAAAAUGAAGAACCUAGCAAAGAGGUUCGUAAAGAGGACGACGAGGAUGAUGGUGAGGAAGAGGAGGAAGAUGAAGAGACUUCACCUAUCCAAGAGGAUAGAGCAGAUCCACCAGUGGCAAAUGCAGAGCAAAACUUAAAGGAUGAAAAUGAGGAAGAUGAGGAUGAAGGCGAGGAAGAAGAAGAAGAAGAGGAAACCGCCGAGGAGAAAGGAGAUCCACCAGUGACAAAUGAGGAACCAGACAGCGCAGUUCAAAAUGAGGAAGAAGAGGACGAUGGCGAGGAAGAGGAAGAAGAAACUUCACCUGCCGUAGAAGAAAAUGCACAUCCAGCAGUGGCAGAUGAACAAAACGAAAAAGAACAAGAAGAGGAAGGUGAAGAAGAUGAAGAAGAGGAAGCAGGUGCUGAAACUUCUGUUGCUGUUCCGGAAACAAGCGAAGAACCGAAAAGCAGUGUAGAUGAAAUCAGGGCAGUCGAAAAAGAAAUCGAGGGCGAAGAUGAAGCGAGUUCAUCACCUGCGAUGAAGGAAAGUUUAGAUUCGGCACCUGAGAACAAUAAAGAAAGUGGAUCAGAGGAUCAAGGCGAUCACAAAGAGUUGGAAGAAUCGGAACCAGCUUCUUCUGAGCAAAAAAUGGAAACGGAAAUCCCUGAAAAACAACGGGACGAAACCAAGGACUCAGAAAUCACGCCUCAACCUCAAUUAAGUGACGAACCAGACAAUUGUGCAUCGCCCAUCUCGGAUAUUCCAAUGGAUGAGUACGAUCAGAACUCAUCAGAGCAGAAACCUUCAGAAGAUGGAGCUAGUUCCCAGUUGCAAGAGCCACGGAAUGAAUCGACUAGCAUCGCAAAUGUCCCAAAACCUUCCUCAACAAGCGAAGAAUGUCCGGAUAAUCGGUUGGAGUCGCAACUGGAAGAACUGCAGAACCUUCUCACGGAGGGUCUGAAACCUUUGCCGGAUUCUUCGCAACUUGUUCCGGACAGCAGCAGUAUUCAGAACAUGGUCCAAAGUUCUUCCAUGGGAUCGUCCAGCGUAGGAAACAACGUCGGCAUGGCCGGGCUAGACGACGAUCUAGACAGUUUGCUGAACAACAAGCUGGAGGAAAUGUCGGCGGCACAACCCGCGCAAGACGACCUCAAUCUGGCCAUCGAACGGGAAUUAUUGCAUGAAAUGAUGCCAAUUGGUGGGUCGGAGAGCAAUAGCAUACUGGGAGUGGGACAGAACUUACUGCUGGACGGAAACGGCAAUAACGGCCAGCAAUCGUCGUAAUUCAUCAUAUGCAUUAUUGACAUCCCAAUCCCCUUCAGCGCCUACUGCGCCCUUGUCCCCUCAAUCUAUAUUUGUAUUUAGCUGAAGCCUACUAAGAUAUUUUAGGCUGCACAACAAACACUCACAUACAUUUCAAAUCAUUGCUCGGCGAGAAUAAGCCAUCCAAAAGUAUAGUUUUCGCGUUCUACCGUUUAUGGGUAUUCACAUUAUGUCGUUCAACACAGAGCUUGUAUAUUUUAUAUUUGCAACCAUUUUUUUUUUAUAUUUCUCGUGACCGCUCUUCUUGGAGCCCAAAACAAAAGCCUAAUUUUGUUGAAUAAGAAACCACUACCUGUACUCUCUUUCGUUGGUCCUGUUUUAGUUUUAUUGAUGGAUUGAUUCCUAUCAUACAAAAAAAUAAUGGAAAAGAAAAACCCAUAAUAUAUUUAGAUUCUGACUGUAACAGUAGAAUACACUCCCCCAUCGUAGAUGUAUGUCGUAUCGGUAAGAGAAUGUAAUAAGGUCGAUUGUUUAGGAAAUGCAAACGGAACAGUAGUAUAGCAACUGCGAGGUAACAAAUUGUGUCACCGUGAAUUACAAUACCUAUCGAUUGCGCGCUAUUGAAUAUAAAGUAAUAAAUCAUCAAAUUUGAAAACAA